GGAUCUACUUGGGUUUAGGUAAAUAUCAUUUACAAGCCAAAAAAUUUUAAAUUGGAUGUUGACCGUCAUAUUUCUCUUCUCAGUCAAUAUCAUAUGGUCAAGCCAAUAUUACUAACAAAACUGCUAACAAAAAAUUAUUUUUACGCUAAUAAUACUAACAAAACAUCAUAACGGGACACAUAAUACAUGCUCAUAGGUCAUCUCCGUCCGCGACAAGGCGCGGCAUCGCUACCUAGUUAAUAUGAAAUCCAAGUUAGCCUAGGAGAUUACCAACUUGGGAAUAAAGUUUGUGAUAAUAGUCGCCGUGUGUAUAUAUAUAUUUUUUGAUCAUCUGUCACUAGCAAAGAAGAGUGAGAGAUAAAAAGUUUCACGCCUCCACUCCACUACAUAUACUUUUGGCCAUCUCUCUCGCUCGUUCGUAUACUCUAAUAAUAUGCAAGUAAGACAAACCAUGUGGGUGGAGUGAUAGUGAUUUUGCUUUAUCAGCCUUUAUAAGUAGUGUAGUGAUAGUGUAGCAGCUUCAAGUUGCAAAUCAAAGGGAGCUCCAUCCAUCGCUAGCUAUCUAUCUCGCAGGCCCGGCCAGCAGCAGAAAUAAUUAACAGAGACGACAAUAAUAAGGAAAGAGAUCGAUUGGCGGCCGUUGUCAUUGUUACGAUUUAAUUUAGGUACGCGUACUUACGAACCAACUUCUUCCAGCAAAAACUCUUUCCAGUCCUUUUCAGUUAGGUCAUUCGAGUCUCCAUUUGGUUUCUUAAACCCUACGUUUUCUCUUUUUUUUUUCUUCUUCUUCCCUUCUUGCCUUUCGCUGAACUCUUUGCCGCCUUGCUCUACCUAAUUACUUGUGCGCUUGCGCAUGCAUGUAUUUGCUUACGUGUCCAAAUUAAGCUGCUGGAGAUUACAACAUUACAUUGCUUAGCUUAUUAAUUCUCCGAGUUCUGUUUAUUUAUUAAGAAAGUAAUUAAGUGUGGUCUGUGGAAGUGAGAGUGUGAGUAGUGCGUGUUUUACCCGUGUAUGUAUGGAUCGCCUGUAAGCUAAACUUAUGUAUGAGAGUGUAUUUCUGAGGCAGGCUCGGGCGUUCGCGUGUCAGAUCUCGGCAAUAACUAUUUUCAUCUUAUAAUUCUCUCCCACAGAAGUAAGAUUUGUCAAUUUCGGUUUAUCUAUCCAAAUAACGGUUGUUUCAAUGAUUUUCUUAAUUCGAAAGAUCUUAUUAUGUUCCAUAUAAAGAAAUAAACUGGGAACAUAAAGUUAAUCAUUCAAUUCAAUGUAUGCCAUGUUUCUUACUUCUUUUGUAACUGAAAAAUGAAAUGCCCACUAAUUUUACUAGUUAAUAAAACAAUUCAUUUUAUUCACUACAUCUCCAAAAUUAACCUACCAAUGCAAAUUUGUAAGUUUGCGAGUUUUAUUUAUAUGACUCGAGAUUGAGGACGUAAACAAUGCUAUAUGAAAUCGAAAUCACUAAAUUAACUCCUAACUUGGGUCCGGAAAACAUGAAAAUUCGUUUAUUUUGAUUUAAAAUAUUUAAAGAAAAAAAAAUAUGAAAGUUAAAUGACCAAAUUCACUUUUUAGCCAGAGUAAAAUUGAAAAUGGAAAGAUAAAUACUAGUGACUAUAUAUAUACUGGACACUGAAAACUUUUUUUUUAUUUCAUAUGUAAUUUCCCAAAAUUUUCAAGGAUAUCUAAAAUUUUUCGAGUUAACUAUAGUGCCAUAUCCUUGCAUGCAUGUCACAACUUAGAUAAUCUUUCAAUUCUAAAUUGUUAGAUAAAAAAAAAAGAAUCAUCUAGCAACAAACGAGUUAAAGCAACAUACUGUGUGUACCGAUAAUUUGAUAUUGCCACAAUAUUUAAAGUAAAAGUGAAAGUUAGGUAUUUGUGCUUUUUUUUUCCGAAAGAUAUUGCAUCUUUCUAUUGUUAUUUUGUCUAUUCAUGUUGCCUAAUGGUCAACCUGUAAAUUGAGAUUAUACUAUUUAUGGUUAUUAUAUCAUUUACGUCGGAUUUACUAGUUUCUUUUUAUGAACAUAAUACUACAUAAGUUUUUUUCAUUAUCCGUCGCCCAAGAAUGAAAAGGGCGAUCUCGUUGUUCUUCGUCUGUGAAGAUACGUUGUUGGCAUGCUCUAUUUUAUUUUCGCAUUGAAGCCAAACCUGAACAUCUCCCCUUUAUUAGGAGGUCUAGGAGUGGUAUUACUUACCAAUACAAUUUAUUCUGCAUUUUCUUCGGAAUUGGUUCUUGUUUGUAUAUCUUUAUUCUAUAUUUUAUCAAAAUCCAAUACACAGACACUGUGAUGAUAAUCUAAACUAUGUAACUAAAAGUUUGUGAAUCUUAUAAAUACCUGUUUACAAAUCGUUUUUCAAUGCGUACAAAUUGUUUAUAACAAUUACAAAUAACAAGGAGACAAACAAUACACCCAAAAUUAGGUAUGCAUCCUUGAAGCUAUGGAAUCAUAGGGAGGACCAUUGAAAAGGAGGCUUUCCUUGGGGAAGUUUUACUGGCCCGGCUUCCUCUCGGUAUUCAAACAAACGCAGCUGGCCAAAUUUGUUUCUGUAUUUUAAGCAUCUUAAGUGUAAACAUUCUAAGAUAAUAUAAAAUCAAUAAUUGGAAUUUUUAUAAUAUUUCAUAUUAUUUGGAUCAAUUUGCCUUGAAUUAAGAAUGAAUUUUUGUUAUCAAGAGCUGUUAUAUUCGUAUAAAACUUGUUAGUGCGCUAAUUAGUGCCAUCAAAAUUUUAUAUUGUCCAGUCGGUGGCAUGUAGCUCCUUCCCCCAGCAGUCUUGAUUUCUAUACUUCGAAGCAAACAUCUUUCACACUUAGUUUUUCGCAUUAUUAAAGGGUAAUUUUUAACUUUCUUUCCAAAUGUUAAUGUUAAGGGACAUUCAUUGUCUAGUCAUCAUCAGAAUGCCAGAUUAGCAAGAUUAAUUAGUUUUUUCGUUUGUAGUUUGCAUCUUUAUAUUGUGAUUAAUUCCUAUUUUAUAACUUAUUUUGUAAGAUUCUAUUUAAUCCAAUGGUCUUGUGCGUUGAAAUACAAAAAAUAAAUAUUAUUUUGAAAUUUAUUUAUAAUUAUAUUUCGUCAAUAUUUUAUUAAUUUAUGCUUUUAUAAUUAAAUUAUGUUUUGUAAUCUAAAAUUAACUCACCCAUAGUUUCAGCGGAUGGGUAAAAAAUAACAUAAUCCAUUUGCUACCCAUUUGUACAAUUAGGGUGGUUUGGAAAGUUGAUUGCGGAUGGUGGGUGCAUUUAGCUGUUUUGAUGGAUAUGCAUACAAAUUUAAAUGAUAAGAUAAUUGUCGGUUGUAAAAUCUUACAAAAAUAUAAUUGUAUAUUAUUAGAUAAUGAAAAGCUUCACAGUUUGAGAAAAUCUAUACCAUAUUAUGCCGAUUUUAUCGCAUAAUUUAACACCAUUAAUCUUAUUUGUGAAAAAAAAAUAUUUUAUGGAUCAUUAUUAUAGCUUAGUUUGGCCCUGCUAUAGCUUUUACAGAAGCAGCUUCUGGCUAGAACUUUUUUAGAUAAGUACUUUUCAAAAAAAGUAAUUUAUUGUUUGGCUGUAAAAUUAUUAGAAGUGCUUUUAAUAUGAGCGGUUGUGUAAAAUGACUAUAAAGGACUUAUAAUAUAAAAUAUGAAUAAAAAUUCUAAACAAUAAAAAGUAAUAAAAAUGGGUCUUGUUAGAUUUCUUUUAUAUUAAAUAAUAUGAUUUUAUAAUUUAUUUUAUUUUUAAAUUGAUAUAAAUGAAGAAAAAUUAUAUUUUAUGAAAUAAAAUUAAAAUAUGGUAAGGAUAAUCUUGUAUUUUCAAAACAGCUUUUCGCAGAAACUCCAAAUAGGAGCUUCUGCUUUUAUGUUAUACAAAAGCACUUUUCGACUUUUCAAAAGCCGAGCUUUUAGAGGUGUUUGACCUUGCUUCAGCUUUUGAAGCCGAAAAGCACUUCUAAAAGCCGGGCCAAAUAUAGGCUAUAUGUUUUAAAUAAUCUACCCACAGUUUAUGUUGCAAGUCAAGAAAAAAUUAUGAAAAAUACUAAAUUAAUUAAGACACAUAAUUUGAGCCAGAAAAAAAAACAUGUGUACUAUAUUAUAGAAUGUAUAUUAGUGACAUAAUAAUAUAUUGGGUGGUCUUGUGGAUCACCUAACACAAUCUUCACCCACCCAAGAUUUCUGGAUAUAAGCAAGACUUACGUUCACCCGGCCGGAUAUCCAAUGAAAUACAUAUAUAAUUAGAUGAAUUCGGACGGAUUUGAAAAGUGGUCCGUCUUUUUCCAAUUCAUACUCUAUAUUAUGAUGAUUAUUUAAAGGAAGAAAAUUUGGGCGCCUUUGGUUCCACCCAAAUAAGACCGUCCCUAAUCUUGUGUCCAUCCGAUCCCCACCAAACUCACUUUUUAUUUUUAUUUUUAUUUUCCAAAAGAAUAAAGGAAAAAAAAAAUAUGUAUAUCGGAGAUGGUGAACCCAGGAAGGCUCAUCUCAUCCCAUGAGACUGACAACCCAAAUGGCGUCUUUCGGAGUGCUUAUUUCCUUCCUUCCUUCCUUCCUUCCUACAUUCAUUUUAAUUAAUUAAUUAAUUAAUAGUAAUAAUGCCGAUACGUCGUACGACUACAUGGUCCAAAGUGUGUCUCGAUUCCUUCUAGAUCCGAGGUACUUUAAUCGGCUCAUCAAAGGUCCGUCCGAGGUACGAUAUAUAUCCUAAACUUUUGAGACGUGCUAAAUUAGUAUACUAGGCGAAAGAUUAUACCUUAAGAUUAGCGGUACGCAAUAUAAUCACGCGUGCAUGCAUGUACGUAAAAAUAAAAUAUAUAAUUAAUCAAUCUUACGAAUCGAUCCAUGGAGAUUCAUUCCACCUGAAGACAUCAGAGUGCUGAAUUUUCUCCGUUGUAAGGGACAUGUGAUUAAUUAGUCUUGAAACUUGCGAGCGGAAAGCAAUCAUCGAGAAAGAAAGGGGAACUAAAACAAGUUAAAAGCUGCAUAUGCUACUGAGGAAGGUGUCAACUGCAGUCCAGUCCAGUCCAGUCCUAGUUAAUUUGUCUUUUAGCUUGGAAAGAUCAAACUCCCAAACGGACGGGUUUCAUAUACCUAUAAAUAUAAUGCUAUUGCAUUGCCGGCCAUCACACUAACUAAACAGUCAUUGGGCCUUGGCUUUUGCUUUCGCAUUUUGGUUGCAGCUGGCUGAAAGGAAACGCACCCACUUAGCUUCCCUCAUCAUAUCGCACGCAGUUGUUGAGUCGCCAGAAGAUCAGUUUCGAGAGUUUUGACUUGCGUUAUCGAUGGCUGACGAAGCUGCUGCUGAUGCUGCUUCACGACCUGCUACUAGCGUCGACGCUCCACAUAUUCCUAUUGGUAAUAUUGCUGAGAAAAAGUGCAACUUCCCAAUGCUGGUGUUCUUCCGUGACGCAAGAUGUGUAUUUAAGAUGGACGCGCUGGGUUCGGAGAUACUAAGGAUUGCUAUCCCGGCGGCAAUGGCCUUAGCAGCCGAUCCCGUCGCUUCUUUGAUCGACACGGCUUUCAUUGGUCACUUAGGACCCGUGGAGAUAGCUGCAGUCGGGGUGGCGAUUGCAAUAUUCAACCAAGCUUCUAAAGUGACAAUCUUCCCAUUGGUGAGCAUCACAACUUCCUUCGUCGCUGAGGAGGAAACCGUGCAGCGGUUCCAAGCCGAGAAACGUGAGCUUUAUUCAGGGAAAGCGGUGGUGGUGGUGGAAGCAGAUGGCGAGUCGACGACGACAGACUUGGAGAAAGGCUCUUCUCCUCCUCCACAGAAUGACGAUGAUGAUGAUGAAGAGGGCAAAAAGAAGGAGGCCGCCGUGGGAAUGGAAUCCAGUGGCUGCGCAUUAGAUGGAUCGGAUGUCGGGGGGAAUCAUAAUAAUAAAAAGGAAGUGACAAAGAAGAAGAGACAUAUCCCGUCAGCAUCCACGGCAAUAGUUGUUGGUGGAAUGCUUGGUGUUCUUCAAGCUGUUGUCCUUAUUUUCACUGCAACGCCGCUCUUGAACAUCAUGGGUGUCAAAUCUGGUUCGGCAAUGCUUGUCCCGGCACAAAAGUAUUUAGUACUGAGGUCAUUCGGUUCACCAGCAGUUCUUCUGUCAUUAGCAAUGCAAGGAGUUUUCCGUGGCUUAAAGGACACUAAGACUCCCUUAUAUGCCACAGUUGCUGGAGAUGUAGCAAAUAUCAUUCUGGACCCAAUAUUCAUCUUUGUGUGCAAGUGGGGAGUCAGCGGUGCAGCCAUUGCUCAUGUUAUUUCGCAGUACUUGAUUUCACUGAUCCUGCUUCUGAAACUCAUGAAAAUGAUCAAUCUCAUGCCUCCAAGCGUAAAAGACUUGCAAUUCAACCGCUUCCUAAAGAAUGGUUUUGUACUGUUAGCUAAAGUGAUAGCAGCAACAAUAUGCGUGACCUUCGCCGCAUCAAGGGCUGCCCGCCUCGGAUCAACCCCUAUGGCUGCUUUCCAGAUAUGCCUACAAGUCUGGCUCACGUCUUCACUUCUUGCCGAUGGCUUGGCCAUUGCCGGACAGGCCAUCAUUGCUACUGCAUUUGCUGAGAAGGAUUAUCACAAGGCGACGAGUGCCGCGACCAGGGUCUUGCAGAUGAGCUUCUUCCUCGGGAUAGGGCUGGCGGCGGUUGUCGGGGCUGGUUUGUACUUCGGAGACACCAUCUUCACUAAAGAUCCUAACGUUCUCCGUGUCAUAAGCAUUGGAAUCCCGUUCGUUGCAGCGACACAACCAAUCAACUCCAUUGCCUUUGUGUUUGAUGGAGUCAACUUCGGCGCAUCGGAUUUCAAGUUCUCUUCCUAUUCCAUGGUUUUGGUAGCCGCAGCAACCCUGCCAACAGUCUAUUUUCUGUCGAAAUCAGGAGGAUUUGUUGGAAUUUGGGUUGCUCUAACCAUGUUUAUGGGGUUAAGAACUGUUGCUGGGAUUUGGAGGAUGGGCACUGCAACCGGUCCUUGGCGAUUUCUCAAAGGCUCACUUAAAUUAUAGGAUUAAUUUCCCACGUACCCAAAUUGCACGCAUGCAUGCCCAUAUUUACUGUGAUUUGGGCUCUUCUUAUGUCUAUUUUCUGGCUAGAUAAAGAAGAAGGGGAAAAAAAGACAAAGACCGGAACUUGUAGGUCAACUUCACAGUCUUUCUAGGUCAACUUCUUUGCAUGUAUUACAUUGUAAUUAAAGACCCUCAGGCAAAAUAAAUACUAGGAGAACCACUGGAUCGUAUACGUAUGCUUUCUAAAAUUUUGAUGGAAAUAAAAUUUAGAGCUUUACUGUGUGAAAUUUGAUAUUGGCGUGACAGGAACAAGACCAUAUAUUUGGUUCAAACUUCACUGUGUGAAGUCUAAUCCACGGUGAAAUAGAGGUGCAGUCUAAUUUAGGAUAUUACAAUAAAAAAAAUAGAGAUAACUAUAAAGAUAAUAUAUUCCAAUAGAUAAAUAUAUAGAAAAGGAGAUAAAAUAUCUCUAAUAUGCACUUCUCAAGGAAAUAAAGUAAGUUGUAGUGGAAUGAUGAGUGAGAUGAUGACACCCACCUCAAUCAACAUAUAUAACAAAAAGGACACAACCCUGUGAAAAGAAGAUACAUUGACCUGAGCCCAUUUGAGAUUAGCAAGACCCAUUUAGGUCUCAUAUUAUGAACAUGAGCUGGAGCAUUGAUCAACUGACUCGGAACUUUGUCAACAUAAGCAAUGUCUAGUAACAGAUGAUUCGCACAUAAUUACACAUAUUUUGAUUGUUUGACUUGGUUAUCGUUGUUCCUCAACUUAUUUUAUGCUAGGUUGUGCUUCUUUUGUCACAUUUCAUGUCCUAGUACAUGUGGGAAGGUCCGAAACAAGUUUCGGAUCAUUCAGAGGUCAAAAUGAAACAAAAAGUGGAGAUUGUGCAAUGUUCACGGGCGGCACUCAUUUGUCACGCCAUGAGAGGGUGAAAAUCUCCCCCAGGGAGUGAAGAGCAAGACUUCACGGGAAGCACUCAAUUGUCACCCCCUGAGGGUGCGAAAAUCACCUUCAGAUCGCUAAGUUUGCAAAUUCCAACAACUAUUGUGCGUCUCGCGAGCCUAAAAGUUGUCACGGUCCCGUGCUCGUGAAAAUAGCCCAAACCAAGAAAUAGUAUGGUGUUCCAUGUUCAUUUGGAGAGGCUUUUGUAGAGUGGUUCACUUUCAAGCUCGACAUGUUUGAAAUUCAUGUUUUCACUUGAGAGGAAGUGUUGUGGUUGUUUGUAUUUCGUGGGAUGAUAAGCAACUGCGUCUAUUCAUGCCUGGUAUGUGUCCUUUAAUUAGUCGACAACUACCAUACUUUUCCUUAUAUAAGUCGAGGCUCCUACGCCUGGACUUAAGCAAUCAGAAACGCAACAAUUAGUAGCACAGCAAACACAAAGAUGGAAACAACUCGGACCUAAACCACGGCUAGAAAUAGUGUCAAGUAUUCGAAGUGACUCCACAAGUAGGGUUAUUGACUAGUUGAUGAUGUCGGGCUCUCCUUGCUAGCUCGAUUCCACGAAUGAACAAAAAAGAAAACAAGAAUUCGAUGUUGAACACUCAAAAACUAGGGUUUCAAUUGAUAAUAACUUGUUCAGCAUGUAGGCAAAUCCUCCUCUAUUUAUAGAGGUUACAAAACAAUGUUUCUACCCUUAAUUAACUCAAAAGUCUGACUCUGAGUAGCUAUAUAAUCCAAGUACCAAAAGGAAAAGGACAUUCAACAAUAAAUUCGCCCCACAAGGUUCCUUUUCACACCUUGUAUUCACACCAAGGAUGAAUCCGCCCAAAAAGUACCAUUCACAUCUUGUGUUCGCACCAAGGAUGCUUUAACCAUCAAGUAAGUUGUUUCCUUCCUUCUGUCGUGUUGGGCUCUUCUUCGUGGACGUGGAUUAUGGUGAUCUCUUGGCACACGAACAAUUCACACUACAAUAAUGCGAAACUCUUAGC